AUGGAUCACAUGGGAGAUACCAUAGAGGUCGUCAUCCCACGACGACGACCGCAAGAUGAUUCCAGUCAGAGGCAACUGUCAGUAGACCAGGCUUUGCAAUACACUCCCAUGACCACGUCGGUUCUUCCAGCGCUCGAUUGUCUCCCUCUUCCACAACUUGGCUGCCCCAAUGACUCCCGGCUCACUCCUCUUUCUGAACGCCAGGCGGCAUAUCGAAGCGAGCUUUACACUCCCACGGCCAAGGAACGUCUUUCAGUCUUGCUCGAUCCCAGCCGUCUAUCCCAGAUCAAGUUCCCUCGGUCCCCAGUGCAAAAUGAGAACUCGGUCAGCGCAGACUUGAACCCUAUACAGAAGAUGGUCCUCAAAAUGUCCAAUAUGGAUUUUACAUACCAUUCCUUGACAAAUGCAUCUCAACCGACGCCCAGGAAGAAAACACUGCAGAUGCCAAUAACCAAACCUGCCUCUACUGCUAUUGUCAUCGAAGUACCGAAGCCGCCUCCGUCGUUCAAAAGAGAGGAUAACGUCGGUAUGCAAGAUACUGCAGGACGACGGAAACUGACUUUGGCGUCAAUCUCUAAGAAGGAGAAGGAUGACCAGCUAUUAGCGAGCUUUGAGAACCAACUAGGCGAGAUCUUCGAAGUUCGAGAUCAAAUUGACUCCGACGAUCCAGGAGAGGGAGCAAAAUCCACCAACACUAUCUUUGAUUUGCCCGAUGAUGAAGACGACACGGAGCCACGUCUUGCGAUCCGUGUACAGGAGAGACUUCAGACGACCAUGAGUCAACUCCUAGCCUCUGGUCGAUUAGGUGACGCUUCUCUGGAGUAUCUUCUGCGGCUUCAACGAAUAUGUCAGCCAGCCAUAGAAACUGCACAGACGAUCAACUUGCGAAUGCCUUCCGACCCAUCAGACGACGACAUAUCCGCUUGGUUAUCGAAACUUCACAAGGCGGAAAGUGGAGCUGCUUCAGCCUGCUCUCUGAUUUAUACCGUCCUGGGCGCUCCUCAAAAUCAAGAUCUAGUCAAUUUGAAAGCGUUACAAUGGUUACCCAAUGUACUCGUGAAUCUAUUUGAGAACUGUUUGAUCCCGAUUGUGGAGGCGCGCCCAGAGGGGCAAAACAGUCAGCUCUUCACUUACGCAUCUGCACACAGCGAACCUCUCAAACGGUUGUUGGAUGUCGGCCGCAAACUCCUGGAUCUUGUCACACGAGUAUGUGUGGAGAUUAAGGGAGCCGGUCCAAUCGUCAAUGCCGCCGAAUUCCUGGCGGCAAAGCUCAUAUUCGUUCAGAAUGCCUACAACGACAAAACAUCCGCAAUUGGAUCUCAAGUGUAUGAGCGGCUGCGAAAGCAAGCCAUGGCGGCUAUUUCCAGCAUGUACUCGGCCUUCCCCAGCGAGCGAUCGGCAAUAUUGGAGGAAGUCUUGACGUCCUUGGACAAGCUGCCUUCAAAUAGUAGGAGUGCAAGACAGUAUAAGCUCGGGCCCGGCAGAAAUAUCCAACUGAUAUCUGCUCUCUUCAUGCAGCUAGUGCAAACUUCAGCUAUGCAAACGGAUACGAAAAGAAACCGCAAGCCGCGGCGUCAACCUAGGAAGGGAUUGGUGAAUGCUGACGAGCCAGACGAGAGUGAGGAUCCAGCCAGUGAUAUGGAGGUUGACUCAGGUUUCACUGGGGAUGAAGUUGAAAAGGAUCCGUUAUCAAAGCUGGGAGAGAUGGCGCAGAAUCUCUUGAAUGACGCGUCAAAGAGUGCCCAGCAAAUUGUGAUCUGGAUGGUUGAUAAGGCCUCUAAAGUCACCAAGUCUGGGGAUUCGCCUUACCGCAAUAUUCUCGAUUUGUUUGUCGAAGAUCUCACCUUAGUGCUUCCGUUGACAGACUGGCCAGCAUCUGAACUGCUUCUUACGGUGUUGGCUUUCCGCAUGAAAAGGCUUGCCGAGACAGACAAGUCGGCUUCUACUAAGAAUAUGGCUCUCGAAUCCUUGGGGGUCAUGGGAUCUGCAAUAUCCCAGACUCGUGCGUCUGCUCGAAGCCUGCUUUCAUCAAUCACAAGAGACGGAGAAUCCCACUCUAACCCCAUCACUCAGAAUCUGUCGGCUUCUAUCCAGGAUCGACCUCAUUUUUCUCUUGAGCCUGACGAACUUGUGUCUGGCCGCGGACCGUUUUCCAUUGUCCAGUCCUAUUUGAGCCAGAAAGGGGGUGGGAGCUUGGGAAGUAAAUCUGCCAAAGCGUAUUUCCUUGUGAAGUACGCCGGUCUCAUUUAUCAGGUCGCUACACAGCCACGGGAUGGUGACCGAGAGGUUGAGCUCGACUCUAAGCUCACGUCUAUUGUUUUGGCCAUGCUACAACAGCUAUCCGGGUCCGCUGAACAAAAUGAAGUCACAGAUGAUCAUGCUGAAGUUACAGAUCAAGAGGCCCAACUAGCCUACAUGCUGAGCAUCUUAAAUGGACGAUUCUGUCGAAUGUUUCCGGAAAUUGCCACAACGCUGAGUUCGUCGAUCGAGAGUGAUCAGGCUCAAGUUCGCACUCGCAGCCUGAAGAGUAUUGCAGCCAUGCUGGAGAUCGAUUCGAGUCUCCUCGAUUGGGAAUCAACUCUAGCGAAUGCAGUGUUUAAAUGUGCUUCUGAUGACUCCUCUAUGGUGAGGGAUUCUGCCUUGACUCUGAUUGCCAAAUUCAUCAUGCCAAGGCCCGCACUUCAGGAGAGAGCGUUCAGGGCGCUUCUCAAAUGCGCGGUUGACCCCAACGUCGGAGUUCAGAAAAGAGCCAUGGCUCAUUUGAAAGAUGUCUAUCUGAAGGAGGGGAGACCGGCCGUGAAGAAGGCCAUUGCCGUCGGGUUCCUGCAACGGACAGCCGAUCAAGAAAGCUCCGUGGCUGAGCUUGCAAAAAAGAUAUUGGCCGAAAUUUGGGUUGAUCCCACCCUGACAAUGUUGAGUUCUGCAGCUGACUCUGCACAUCUGGACGUGGCGAUUGAGGAUCUCAAAUCGCACAUUGUCACAUGCGUCGGAAGCGACACCUCGCGCCUCGCACCCCUCCUGAAAGAGUUCUUGGUUUGGAAAUUGAAGGAUUCGAAACACAUUGAUCAACUCAGAGAUCUAUGCGCGCGGAUUGUCAAGAAACUUCUAGAUACCGCCAAUGGCUCGGAGGUGGAACCGGUAGAAUUGACGACACUGGUAGCAUUUGUUGAGGCCCGACCGGAAGCAGUGGUGCCUGCAGACCUUACCAGUUUGAAGAGCUACCUGAAAGACUUGUCGAAGGAGGAUAAUGUUCCCAAGUUCAAGUCAGUCGUGGCCAUAUUUCGUCUGGUCCUUCCACAUCUGUCCAGCACUCAAGCUCCACUGCUUCAAGAGGUCCAGAUGGAUCUCCUUAGAGCCAGUCAGAAGCUUGUGCAACGGGAGGUGGUUGAGGAGGUAAUGUCUUGUCUGAGAAGCAUCGACGGGGUACUGCAUGAUACCAUCAAGAUCGUCAGGUACACGAUCUCACUAAUACGGCACGUGCUGCCCGCGAAGACUCCGCAGGAGAAAGGGCUCGAGCAGCAAGACAACAAGGCGAGCAGAGAUCGCCAAAGGAACGUGUGCUUGCGGUUAGUUGGCGCUGUGGGAAAAUAUAUGGAUCUAGAACGCUAUGGCGGAGAAUUUCGAAAAAGCUUUCCUGCAUACAAGAGUGGCUCUGUCGCAGGGUUUAUUGCAGACUGCGUUUGGGAACACACCUCCAGAAGCUCUCCUAUUGAGACCCGAGUAAGAGCGCUGGAGAGUCUCGGCCUCGUUUGCCAAGCAUGGCCGGGCCAGUUCAACAAACGGCAUGUUCGGGAAACGUUCUUCGAGGUCCUGGAUGGUGCGUCUUUCAGUGGCUUGGACAAAAGUGACCUUGAGAGAAUGCAGCUCGCAGUACUUGAGAUUUUCCAAGAACUGUACGGGAAGCGGGCUGCGGUCAAAGAAGACGAGAAGAAAAGCGAGGGCAAUGGGGAGGUCCAGGCCUUGAAAAACAUCGGCGGCGACAGCAAGACCCGCGAGGAAGACAGUGCGAUUUCGAUCAUCACCAAUACUCUGGUCGACCACCUCCUCCGUAUCGUCAUGUCCGAGACUGGGCCCAAAGUGCUGCUCGCAGCUCAAACUUUAGCCAGUAUCGACCACCAAGGAAUGACACACCCGAAACAAAGCACGUCGGCGUUUGUGGCGUUAGAGACCAGCACAGAUUCCCAGGUUGGCCGCGUUGCCCGGAUUGCGCAUGAGCACCUGCAUCAACAGCACGAAUCCGUCUGUGAAAGAGAGUAUAUCAACGCCGUAUUCGCCGCAUUUCGGUACCAGAAUGAGGUGUUCAAGGAUCCCCAAGGAGGCGUUGUUCCGGGAUACACGGCCAAACUUGCAGCGGCUUUUGCGAUCAUCAGUACCAGUGGUUCAAAGUACGUGAAGAAGUUCAUCAGCAACCUGGUUUCAAAACUCAGCACCGAGUACUCCAAGCUGAGUGUAGCUGAGCACGACGUCCCCGAGCAUGUGUUGUUUGUUCUGUUUGUGACACAGAACCUGGCAUUCUUUGAGUAUAAGAAGAUGGAUGAGCUAUUGCAUACUGUGCUACAGCUGGAGCUGGCGUUCGGCAGGAACGGCGGCGAGACUGCACAAGCGAUCGAGACGCAUCUCGGACCCGCCCCUGUCAAGCCGGCCGAUACUGAAGGGGAAAAUGUGGUUGCCACAGACCCGGCACCUCCUGACGUGGUCGUGGAUCCGGCCACGUUAAAGUCGCUGACGGCGGCCGCUUGUGCCAUCACAUUGAUCUCCGAGGCGAGGAACUUUUUGAAGAGACAGUAUGGGAUAUCGCGAGAUGUCAAGAUGGCGAUGCAACAGAACAAGCAAACCAAGGAAGCUGGGAAGGAGCCGGUCAGGGUGCAUGGAAUCAGUGGAGACAAGUUCUGGCAGAAGUCCAAUGCGGUUCUAGAGUCGCUCGACAGUACGAGCGCGAUGGUUGCAAGAUGCCGAGAAUUUGUUGAUCUUGUGGCUGUGGACGACGAAGUGAAGAUUGCAGAGGAGGAAGCGGCCAUCAGCGCCAUGGUGGACGUCGCCCCGGACCAACCAGCGAGUGCACAACGCGGUCGCAAGCGCAAGAGCAUCUCUGGGUCAGUUGGAGGCACGCCGAAAAGACCUCGAGGUCGACCUGCAAAGAAUGGGCAUACACGACGAUCAACGAGUGUGUCGUCGUCGGUGGAAGACGAUCCCGAUGCAGAUUUUAACGGCUGA